AUGGAUGUACCAUUUAGAACAGGGCUUCGCAACCGGUGUGCCGCGGCACAUUGCAAAGUGGACAACAAUGUUAGCAAGCUUGAUGUAAACAAAAAUGGAGAAGAAUAUAAAUGCCCAAUUAGAAGACUCCCACCGAAUGAUCGUGAUAAUAUUCAUGAAGUUGGAUUGCAAAAAGAAGAUAUUGCUCUGGCAGAUAAAAACCAAAAUUUGAAUUUUAAGACAAGAAAUGUUCAGGCUUCUUUUGGCACCUCCAAUAAAAAUAUUGUUACUUUGUCUCCUGGUCAAAGGACAAUUGGUGGUAAAGGAAAAAAGAGAAUUACUCCAACACCUAUUCAAACCAGUAUUAAGGCUUCACCCAGAUUCUCUCAGUCCGAUUUUGCCAGUCCGCCGCCUAAAUUGUCAAAUGAUUGUUUUAAAACAACUCCUUAUGUUGAAGCAGAUGUAAGUUUGAAGACUGAACGGGAGAUGUUAAAAAUAACUAAAACGAAGCUUUCACAAGAUACUACAACAAAAUUUCCAAACAAUUCAGCAAAAAGUUUGCCUAACCAGUCGCCAGAAACGGAAAAUUUGCAGUAUGUGAUACCUGAUCCAGAACUGGUCACGCUCAAAGAUCAGCUACUAAUUUUUUCUGACAUUUAUAAUUUGCUACUUACCCAAGCAAUGGUGCCAAAUAUUGUUGCAGAGCUAUACUUUUUGUUUGAGUUGAUAACGGCUAAAGUUACGGAUAAAGAUAAACCGCAGACAGACAAUAUCUUUUCCUCUAUUCAUAAUUGUGUUUAUUUUGCAGUUUCAGUUCUCCAUCAACAACAUCACGUACUUCUUCUAUUAGACAAUGCUACACUAACAUUAAUAAGUAAAAUCACAUUCUUGUGCCACUUUUCUUCAGAACUAGUUAUGUUCUUGCAAACAUCUUUACUCACUAUUAGUAACGAUGUAAAGCCAUUACCCUCAAAUUAUUUACCUCAUUUCUUCCAAAAAGACAAGUUUCAAGCAGAUAAUGUUGUAGAUUUUGCAAGGCAACAGCAUUUGUUUAAUGAACUUUUGCAGGAAUGGCAAAUGCAGUCAUUUCAUUGUGUAGACUCGAAAUUCCAAGAUCGAUUCGCACGCAAAGUGAGGAGUCUAAUAAAUUCAGUUUCUUCCAGCUCAAACAUGUAUCAUCUAGCGCUGUUUUUUGAAUUUCAGCUUGUCUCAAGAUGUAUGUGUUUAGAAAUAAAUGAAGGGUGUGAUGAAAUGCUGAAUAAUAUUCAGAAGCAUUUCCCGGGUAAAUUUGAAAAACUACAAGAGCGGUUUGUGACACCAUUCAGUACUGGGGAACCUAAUCCUCCUCCAAAGUUUUACGGUGUGCAACAUUUCUUUGUUGAAUUCAUUCAGCACACAUCUUCCCCAGCUUUUAAUCAGUACUUGACAGAUGUAUUCAUUUCCAAAAUUUUAGAACUUAACGAUUUUGAUCUAUGCUCGUUCCCAGACUCAAAGUCCACUAAACAGAUUUAUACAUUUCUGGUGCUUGUUUUAAGAUUGCUGGGGAAAUUUCUUGGAUAUGUAUAUUUCUUGCCUUAUAGAGAAAAUACUAUUUUGCCUGCUAAUAUAGCUAGUUAUCACUCAUCAUUCAGAAAACACAGAUUCAUCCCGAUCAAUACACUUAAAUUGCUUAAGGUGGCCAUUCAAAAACAAAGAACUAUCUUGACUGUGCCCUGGAUUGUUGAAUUUCUGAGUAUGAUUGAUACUGUUGCUAAAAAUUUUGAAGAAGUUCAAGAUAUUUUUAAAAUUUUAUAUAUCAUAUAUAGGGGGUCAUCUCCCAUUUGUUUGCAAAAUAAUAAUCAUUUGUUUUUACAGCUUAUUGUUGGCUGGUUGCUAGAUGUUUUGGGCUAUAUGCAGAACCAUGCAACAAGAGUUGCUCUCUUGAGUUUUUUAGAAGGGGACCAAGUCAAGGGAAUUGAUUCAGAGCAAUUGGUUGAUAAAGAACUAAUUCAUGCAUGUUGUUUGUACUUAGUUGAGUUCAAAGUUCUAAUAUAUAAUUUUGUUCAUGGGAUUAAAACAAAAAACCAGAAAGUAAGAAAAAUUACUCCUUUAACAACAACAAAACCUAAACAUUCCUCAAUUAAUACACAAGAAUUGGAAAGCCAGUUGGUGGAGGCAUUUUCAACUUUACGGGCAUCAUCUCUGAAGAAAAUUGUAAAAACAAUCAAGUUUAUUUCUAAAUGCAUGGUCUCAAAAGUGAUUAGAAAAAUAAACAUAGAAUUAAAAAACAUAAAACUUAAGUAUGCAGAAAACGUUCGCCAAAGUAAACAAGAUCCUGCUCAAGCUUCCAAAAAUAAUCCAUUUGAACAAAAUCAGCAAAGUACUGGAUUUAUUGCAAUUUCUUUGUUACAAUCAUUAAUAACCUUCAAGUCUAAGGACUUUAUUUCUAAUGCUUGCUAUACAGAAAUAAAAACUCUUAUGUCCCUUUUAUUAGCAGAAGACAUCAAAUGUACUGGAGAUGAACUUUUAGAAGCAUGCUCAAAAUUAUCAUUGCAAUUGGUAUGUAAUAAAAUUGUGGAUUGGUGUGAUACAAAUUUAAGCAUUGAAGACAUCAAGUGUGAUCUGAGCUCAAGUUUGAAACCCUCUUUGAAGGCUGUAGAGAAUGUUGGAACAAUAGAUUUUAGUAAUUGA